AUGACUUUGAGUUCUCAAGAGGUAAUAAUUAGAUGGUUAACACACGACACACAUAAUAAAAGCAUUCGAAAUGAUUCUACAGAAGAUAACCGAUUACAGGGUAUCAUUAUAAGACUUGGGGUCAUUGUGACAUCACGAAAAUGUGUGUUUUACCAAUGUGAAUUGAUUUAUGAAAAGAAAUAUGAAAUUUUGGAAAAGGAUUAA